AUUGACUCGAAAUGGUUUGACUAAGCCAUCAAAGUGCCCAUGAAUAAAGAGGAGGAUUUGCGCAACCUAUCGCCUUCUACUCAUUUCCUCGGCCCAUGCCUCCCGCCCUAAUCUCGCCAUGUCGUCAAGCUAUUCGCCAUCGUAUACGCCCCCAAGACGAUUAUGUAUGGGUAUCCGAUGCUCUUCUUGCUACAAUAUUUGAGCGCUAUUGGACAAUAUCAAGAACCGUUGCUCGAUAUAGCUCCUCUGUUCCGGGCCCCUUGGAAAAUAGAAGGCGCUUAGGGAAACGACGUAUGGCAGGACUCGGCCUUGGCCAGCCACCUGGUGAGCCGCUGUGGCAGUUCGACAACCUGGCAGACCUGACGCAAUGGAAAUGGAAGUCGCCAUCACCGACUUCACAGCUUGGACAGCCCCGAGAUGGCGUCACAAGAGGGCGGACUCUGGCCGAUUUUGCAAUAAGAUGGCUUUGGGGGAGAGAGGAGGCGAAUUCAACGCAUGUGCCCGAUCCCGUCCACGAUACCAUCCACGAUACCGCUCCCGAUACCGCUCUUGAUACUGUUCCGAAAUCAUCGCCCGAAAUCAUUAUAGAUGCCGUGAGUACGCUAUCGGAUACAGUCAUCAUAGACCCCCAUAGCACCCCGUCAGAUAUUAUCGGCAUUGGGCUCAAGCUUCUGUAUGAAGACUUAUCAUCGGAAAUAACAAUGUCAACAAGAUCAAACUUCACCCGGUUUUGUAAUGGUUGGAAGGACCAUAUAGCCUGCGGUCUCCGCUCCGGCAACGCAGUUGGCCUCGUACUAGAUGCCAUCCAAGAUGGGCUAAGCAUACUGCAGUUGGGUACUAAUGUGUCUGUGGAACAAAAGUUGGUCGAUAAGUUUAGACUGAUUCUGCUUGAAGCCACCACGGCGGGCUUGUCGUGUCUAACGGUGCAGGGGAAAUUCCAUCCAAACCGGCUGGCUUGGGCGGCUUUAUUCCACGGGAUUUCCAAGUUACAAAUGAACAAUCUUCGUGUUUUUGCCCAUGCUAUGGCUAAAAUACCGGAGUGCUACUUGGAUGAUGUGUCUGGUGGAAUAGGAGCAAACUUGCGUACCUAUUUGAUCGCCUCAGAAAAUGCAGAGAUACGUUCGAAGUUGAUGCGGCAGGUCAAUAAGAUGGCCGUGAUCCUUAAGAAAUUGGACCCGGUUGAUCAUUUAUAUAUACUAGAGGAUAUUAAUCAGUGUUUAUCGGCGCAUAGGGAGUCCAAAGCCGUGGAUUUCCCUCGAAUGCGCCUGGUGUGGCUACAAGUCCUAGCCAGAUUACCGGGCCUAGAUGAAGACUAUUUGACGAAUGUUUGUUGCACCCUUGAAGCUGGCAAAGACGUCGUUCCACUUUCUAACAAAGAAAUUUGCGAGAUGUAUCUGGCUAAGCAUCAAAACUCGUUGAGGGCUCUCACAAGCUUGAGCAAUUCGAUCCAAGACAAUCUUAUAGAAAAUGACUGGGAGUGCUAUGGCUCCUUCAGCCUGAUGUUGUGGCGGACAGACCAAUAUCAGCACAUGCUGGGUCUUUGCGAAUUUCUCAAUAAUCUCGGCCGAGGACAAGAUAUCAUGCGCCUCGUGAAAGGGUUUCGGAUCCUUGUGAAGAAUGAAGCAACGCCCCUGGCAAAUCUUGCCAUCGGAAUAGGUGACCCUAUUAUGGCCUUGGAAAUCUAUCAUCUCUACGAAAAAAGCACACAGAUUCCUACUUGCUUCUGGAAGACUCGAUUUUCAUACAAAAUCUUACACUUGAUGACCAGGUCGCGAGUGUUGCAUCAUGGCAAGAUUCUACUCGCUUUGGGCGUGGUGUGUUCGCGGACGAUGAUAGUAAGACAAAGGCCAAGAUCCAAGGUCAAAAGGCGCCAACUCAUGAAGGCGGCCCGAGCAGCCAUGGCAUUUGCAAAGUCGCCAAAUAUCUCGAACAGGACGGCCUUGGAAUUAAUUACGAAAUGUAUCCGUUACAUUACAUGGGCUCGCAGAAACUGGGCGCCAACCGAAGCCUUGAUCGCACUACUCCACAAUAUCACAAGGGACCUUGCAGAAGGGAAACCAGGCCGACUUAGACGACUAAAGUGGUUUCUAUACCUGUUGCGCAAACAGACCAAUGGUGACCAAAUGAUGAAGAUAGGAUUAGGCCUCAAAAGGUGGCGGGAGAUGAAUUAUCGGCGUCACCUCGAACGUGUUAAAGAACGCACUAACCAAAGUUCACACAUAUGAUGAAAAUCGACUUUUACAUAGACCAAGGACAUCAGAGGAUAGAAUGGGAGCCUGUCAGCCUGAGCAAGAAUAGGUACCCCCUCAGUACGUAGGUACUCAGGCAAAGCAAUAUAAGCUCGGUGGUAUCACAGAGUUGCGGCGUAUAAGGUCGAACGAUCUCACCGACCUCGCUUAGACCGUUCCAGGACCGGGGAGCAAAAGGGCCGCGAGUGGUAUCCACAGUUUCCCUCGAACUUCUGCUGGAGAGAGGUUGAGCUUAUUAUUACAUUGCUACGAGUUACACAACAGUUGGAU